AUGGCGAACUGGCUAAGAAUCACCUUGACCAUUGCAACCGCCAUCUCCUUCAUCCCCCAGUUAAACCAGCUCUGGUCAACCAAGGAUAGCGUCGGCAUCGCCAUAUACUACGUGCUUUUUAACGCGAUCGUCGCUACAAGCUCACUUGCCGUUUUUGCUGCUUGCAUCAAUAACUGGCCUGAUGGCGGUGGCCCCUUCCUCCAUAAGCCCAUCGAUAAUGGGGACAGGCUCAACCUACUGCAGCUCCUCGUUGCGUUUCUUUUCGCUUUCGCCUUCUUCGUCCUCACCCUUAUCUACUAUCCAUGUGGAAACCAGAGCCCAAAACGCGCUGCUAUUAUCGGGUACACCUCUCUCUUCUGUCUAACUCUGCUACCACAGCUCUCCUUCUUUAUCGAUGGAACCCGUAAAAUGUCCUAUGGUGAUUACUUGGUAGAGAUUGCGUUGAUACCUGUCUGGCUAGGACACAUGCUCGCGACCAUUCUCGGUGUCCUCGCGGUUGUUUUACAGGCUCGUCAGGUUCUCAUGCAGCUACACCACAAACAACAACAGCAAUUAAUCUCAAACCCUGUGCCUGCCUCGGCACUCAGCCCGCUCAGCCUCAAACUCCAAGCUAUUGUUUUUGCUGUUCUCGCUAUAUCCUGGCCAUGGCGUCUGCAUAGAGUGCUUUAG